AUGCGCGCCCCGCCGCUGCUGCUGUUGCUGGCCGCCUGCGCGCCGCCGCCCUGCGCUGCGGCCGCCCCGACGCCGCCGGGCUGGGAGCCGGCGGCCGACGCGCCCUGGUGCCCUUACAAGGUGCUGCCCGAGGGCCCCGAGGCGGGCGGCGGGCGUCUGUGCUUCCGCAGCCCCGCGCGGGGCUUCCGCUGCCAGGCGCCCGGCUGUGCGGCGCACGCCUCGGCCGGCCGCUCGCUGCGCGCCAGCGUCCUGCGCAACCGCAGCGUCCUGCUGCAGUGGCGCCUGGCGCCGGCCGAGGCGCGCCGCGUGCGCGCUUUCGCGCUCAACUGCUCGUGGCGCGGCGCCUACACGCGCUUCCCGUGCGAGCGCGUGCUGCUCGGCGCCUCCUGCCGCGACUACCUGCUGCCCGACGUGCACGACGGCGUGCGCUACCGCCUGUGCCUGCAGCCGCUGCCGCUGCGCGCCGAAGCCGCCGCCGCCCCGGAGCCCGCCGAGUGCGUGGAGUUCGCCGCCGAGCCGGCCGGCAUGCGGGAGAUCGUGGUGGCCAUGACGGCGGUGGGCGGCUCCAUCUGCGUCAUGCUCGUGGUCAUCUGCCUGCUGGUGGCCUACAUCACCGAGAACCUCAUGCACCCAGCCUUCGCGCGCCCGGGCCUGCGCAGGCAGCCCUGAAGCGCGAGGCGCCCGACCGCUCGCCCGGGCUCCAGCCGCCCGACUAGUGCGCGGGAGGCCCCUGGCCCUUGGCCCGCUCUCCCCUCCUCGCUCCUGCUCCCUCCUUAGGAUCUCCAUGCUGGGUCUGCUGGAGUUGGAUGGGGCACCGGCCGGCCCUCGCCGGGGCCUCGGAGUCAUCGCACGACCUUACCGGCAGAGCAUCCUCCUCCCAGGCUCCACCUGGGGGCCGGCCCUGGGGCCUGAGCAGGGUUCUCUCCGCUCUCCGGAGGCCUUUGGGGGAGCCAUCAGAACCUGGAGCCCCUUCCAGCAAGAGCCAUUGACAUCCCGGGCCGUCCCUCUGCACCUGCAGCCUGUGCCGAGUUGGAAGAGUCAGGCCUGUCGUCACGGCUUGGUCACCGUGUGCUUUGCCGAGGGUGUCCUUUGGAGACUGUCCUCUCUCUGCCCCGCCCCCCCCCCCGACCCCCGACGGCGGGCUUAGGUAGCUUCGUGCCUUAGUAUCCCGGGCCCACUGCACGAGCCAGCUUUCCAUCCAGCGCUGUCCGAGGGGCCGUGGCCCUGAUACUGGCGGCGUGUGCAGGCUUCUGGCGGAGCACCCUGGGCCCCUCUCUCCAUGCUUUGCGGGAGCGUCUGGUUUGGGUGUCUGACGAGCUGGGAGCCAUCAUUCAGCUCAGGAGGCGGCCCAGCAUCCAGCUGCUGUGUCCAGGGGGGGUGAAGGAUAGAGGUGGCCCCCUGCCCAGCUGGACCUUCCACCGGGGCCUGGAUCCCAAGCCUCAACCACAGCACGACGGGCAGCGCCACCCCACUCCUCCUCAAGCUGGUGGCCAGGAGCCCAGCAUCUGCUCCUCUGCCUACUCUCCGUGGCCUGAAAGUGGCCCUUGCCCCUCUCCAGGCAGACCUUCCUACGUCAGCCUCCUGGUGAUGCUGGGCCUCGGGGGAGGGGUGCAGGCCCGGCUCUCUGCGAACCCCUGACUGUGAUGGUCCUGGACCUGACACUCCUGGAGUCGCUGUGGCUAACUCCUCCCCACCCCCACUCCAGCAGCGACCAGCAACCUGGCUGGUUGCCCCCGCAGCACCCGCUCCCUACCUCUGUCUUUGCUCUGCCUGCCCCUGGCGUGGUACUGGUCAGGGGUGAGCCUGGCACCAGUGUCUAAAUGUCCAUUGUUCUUAGACCAAAACCACUGUCUUGUGUACUUAUUUGGGAGGGGGAGGGAAGGGAAAGGGGAAGCGUUGAACCCCUUUUUCCCAGGUUCUCAAGCGUCAGCCUGGUGGCUGGCCCUGGGCCCUUUGCUCUGCCACGUGGGAUCAGCCCUAGGCCGGGAGCUCAGAUGGCUUGCCCUUGCGGCUUGUGGCAGUGAUGGGCGGGCGGGCUGUCUCACUGCUGGCCCGUCCACAUCCACCCUCAGUUUUGGGGGAAACGUCUUCUCCUGGGUUUGCUCUGUGGGGUGGGGGUGGGGCAGCAGCUGCUGCAUUUAGAAAUAGCCCAGUCUCAGGGGUGACCCACUUGAGCUGUGACAAGCUGCAAUUAGGCGGCUCUAGAAGGGUCCCCUCCCUGGCCAGGGCCUCCCCUUGCAAGGCUAGAGCUGGGGGGUGGUGGCACAGCCCCCCUACCCUCCCUUGCCUCCUCCUCGGAGGCUGACCUUGAGAUCCUGGAGCUGGUUGUGACCCUGAGGAGCAAACAGCUGGGGGCGGGCCAGGCUGGGAGGAGUGACUCAUCCCCCCCCACCCCAGGGCACGGGGGUGCUGUGAAGUGUCUAGACAGUUGAGGCGUGAGUGAGAGGGGUUCCGCCUCCCGCAGUCUCCAGCCCGGCCCCUGGGCCCACUAACUCGCUCACAGGCCCAGGCCACCUGUGAUGGGUGCCAGGGUGGAACUGGCUGCCCGGGUCUGAGGACCCGGGGAGCGUCCUCCAGCUCCUGGUGCGGUUGGGUUCAGAGCUGGAGCUACCAGCCCUGGACCCCUCACUCCCACCUCUGCCCAAUUUGAUUUGAGGCCUAUAGCUGGUUCUCCACACUGUCAGCCCUGCCCUGCAGCUCCCGCUCCACAGAAGCUUGUCUCGGGCUUUGUUCAGGGGCUUCUUGGAGGCCCGGGGUCCUGGGAGGUGGUGGGGCGCCCAGGAAGAGCACUUUCUGAAUGUGCUGUCAUCCCCACAAACUGCUCCUGCCCCAGGUGGCCCCCAUCCUCCCAGGGAUGCAGGGGACACUCAGGGCCCCGGAGGACAACCCCCCACCCCCCGCUCUUAGAUUCUCUGAUCUGUGGCUGGUUCCCGGACCGUGGUCUCCAGGUGCCUCAGUCCUCAUCUGUGGACUGGAAAUGGCCAUAAGCCUGACUCCCAGGCGUGUUUCGAGGCUCCCAGGGGACUGCCAGGCAGAGAGCAGUGAGUGGUGGGUCUUCCUCAUUCCUGGCCCUGCUGCGAUUUGCCGUGCAUCCAUCCAAGACUCCCAGUGCCCCCAUCCCUGGCCUGAACCUGCUCUGAAUCCCGUGGGCCUUGAAAUCCCGCCACCAAACCCACUCCCUGCUUGCCCCCAAGCCGUGGUCCACUGUCAGCUGGAGGGCUCCCCCACACUCAUUCUGUGAUCUUGGAGUCCAGUGCUGGCAGGGGUGGGGGGUUCUGCGGCCCCCGCAG